CUCGCUCCGCUCGGCCGGGUCACUUCCAUGAUGGCUGAAGAUCCUGGAGGAGCUUACCCCGUUUUCUCUCUCAUUCCUUUCCGUUUCCCGCCUCCUCUGCUGCAGACAUGGCAGCGCGCGCAGCUUCGGUAAACGGCCACACACUCGCGUCGUCGUCAUGCCCAAGAAAGGGAACCGAAAACGGCUGAAGUUUCGGGCCGGAGAUGUUUGCUCGGAGUCAGUGACGGUGGCUGACUACGCCAACGCGGAUCCCGCCGUUGUGAAGUCCGGGAGAGUGAAGAAGGCAGUUGCUAAUGCGAUAGAAAAAGAAGUAAAAUUACUCUGUGGGCUCGAGGCCUCUCAGGGGCCUGUUCAAGAUGUGCUAUCGUCAGCAGCUGGCGUGAGUAAAGAUGUAUGUGACAGCAGCGAAGAGCUGGAUUCAGAGGAAGGUGACAGUGAAGGCAAGGUCUCGCGUAAGAAGAAAAAUAAGAGACGCAAAGAAAAUAGCGAAAGCUCUGAUGGAGAGGAGUAUCCCAUUGAUAUAUGGCACGUACUCGCUGCAUACAUACGUCCUGAAGACGUCUGCAGGUUUGCCCUGAUCUGCAGAAAUUCCUGGGCUGUCACAUGUACUGCUGCAUUUUGGACUCGACUAUAUAAGAGACACUACAAUCUUGAUGCAGACCUCCCUUCUCGCCUUCAGCCAGGCUCCAUUACGAGGAUGUAUUGUCUCCGUGCUCGCGUGAUCCGCUCCCUCUUUCAUCUGUACGAGCCAUUCAGUCUGAGAGUAUCCAAGUGCCCCCCUCUGCCAGAGUCUACUCCAACCACACUACUCAAUUCUAAGUGUUUGUUGUUUUGGGUCAACAAGGUGUCUGGGAGUCGAACUGAACCCAUGUGGGAAUUCAACUUCAAAUUUGUGAAGCAGCCUGUGAAGGUGAAGAACGGCUGCAGCAGAGGUUUGGAGCUUCCCAGACAGUAUAAGGACGUCCUCACUAACCCGGACUCGGACUGCUACCUGCUGCGAGUCACUACGCUCAACUUCAUCUUCAUCUCUGUGGUCAUGGGCAUGACACUAACUCUGUUCAACAUUAACGUGAGCACAGAUAUGAGGCACCACCGGGUACGGCUGGAGUUCCAGGACUCCCCCGUUGUCCGGGGCAAGAAGUUACGAGGGGAGCAGGGCAUCCAGGUGGUGCUGGACCCCGUCCACAGUGUUCGUCUCAUGGACUGGUGGGACCCUCAGUACCCCACAAUAUCAUACACUUAGAUUACAGCCCUGCCAUCGAUCCACGCACAACCACAAUGUGUGUAGUGAAUAAAGAGUUAAGGCCUGCUUCUACUAUGAGAGUCAUCCUGCACUGUCCUGUCCUUCCUCAGAUCUUUUUUCUUCUUUAUUUUUUCUUUCUUUUCUUUAUUGGCUUUGUGGCAUACUUGUGUUAUGCAGUAGAGCUAUCAUAGCAGGUGGAAACAGACCUUUUGAGUUCUGUCCUUUUUGUGGUCAUUGGGUUGAAGUUGCUGUAGGCUUUAAUGCUUUCACACCAAGAAGGGAAAGACUGGUUUCAGAUCUUUACAGAAAUAAGGGCAACUUUAAGCAUCUCUAUAUGUAGAGAGCUGGUUUGUAACAUUAAAAUGAGGAGGUGUAACCCUGCGUUCACGCUGGCAGCUGACAAGUUGCUGACAUUGUCCCUGAUUUGUCUUUUGUGGGUGUGUUUGUGGCAGUUGCCAUUUUUCGUGUAUUGGCAUGGCUGGUUAGCAUGCUGGCUAAUCUAGUAAGAUACUUAAUUAUGAAGCCAGGAUUUUUGUCAAUAGUCUGCCUGACAUUACACCACUAAAUCUUGAGGAUUUCUAUUUAAGCAUUACAUAAAAAAGCUUUCAUGUUGGGUAAGGAACAUUACUGAAAAUUAUAAUUGUAAUAGAAAGUAUAGAAAAUGAGUCAAGUAAAUCUUCUAUAUAAUGAUUAAAAUAAUAAAAUUGGCUCUUUUCCUGAAUACAAAUCAAACAGCUAAUGUCCUACAAACCUUUUAGAUUUGUUAGGUUUGUCUAGUUUUUGUCUCUUUUCAACCAUGCAGAAUUUGGGGUGAUUCCUGUUACUGAUCUGGAAUUAUUAUAAGUGGAGUAAAGAGAAAACAGGCAGCGUCCAGCCCAAGAGUCCUGUAGGAGUCAUGUUCUUACAUUACAUUCUGUAAAUCUGAGGGCUUUGAACAGAAGUUAUUUUACUGCAGAAAAAAGGGUGUUGUCUCACCUACACCUCUAGCCUGUAUACGGGACAAAGCAUUUUAACAGGUUAACAGGCUUCCAUCCCAACAGAGACCCCAACAAUGUCUGCUACUUCCGUCCACACAUAAUCUUCGCUCUGGCAAGUUGCUGACGUUGCCUCAAGUUUGUUUCUUGUGUGUGUGUUUUGUGGCCAUUUGCUUUGCACUUUUGCGUGGCUGGUUAGCAUGCUAGCUAAUCUAGUAAGCUACUUAACAGGCUACCAACACAACAGACCCCAACAGUGACUGCUACCUCUGUGUGUGUUUUUUUUUUUUUUUUGGGCGUGUUUGGGCUGUUGUCCUUUUUUGCGUGUAUCUGUAUGGCUGGUUAGCAUGCUGGCUAAUCUAGUAAGCUGUCUAACAGGCUACCAACCCACCAGAAACAUCAACAAUGCCUGCUACUUUUACCCAAGCUUCGUUUUCAAGCUACAGAGUGACAAGUGAUAACAGGGGUUGAGAUUGUGAUGCGGCGAAGCAACAUUUUACACCGAUUAACCAGGCAAAUUCUUUGAAACAAUCACAAACAAGGGGAUCCGAGGUUUCCACCUUGUGCUUUGUGAACUUUAGAUUCCUACCGUACUUCGUUCAUAAUCGCAGCAGGGUGAACUGUUCUGAACACGACAGAGAGGCUAAUGAUCGCUAACCGCUAACAGUUUUUGCCAUUUGUUUUAUAUGAAGCAUUGCACAAAUACAGAGGCACUUUGGAGACAAAUAAAGCUUGGAAGCAAGUAGAAGAUGGCUCAAGAGGAAGAUUGCUGGCAUGCUAACCAGCUAAAGUGAUACACACCCACUCACAAUGCGCAAACAUCAUUGAACACACCCACAAGAGACUUGCCAGUGUGAACGCGGGAUGAGGAAGCAACAUAGUCUCUUUGCGUGUACUUUUUCAUUCUUGUGUCGUCCUAGUUUAAUCCACUGCUCUGGUCAGGCUCUGUUGAUAAUGGCUGAUUUGUAAUAUAUGUAACACACAUGCACCCACACACACACACACACACAAAUGAUAUGUAAAUCAGAAAAGGUUUGAUUCAUUUUGGCUGUAUUCAGACUGUCAGCGCAAAUCCGAUUUUAGCAAAUCUGAUCCAGACCUCAUUUGGAAUUGGUUUGAAAUGCGAUUACAAUUGUAUUUGUACAGAUUUACCUUCCUAUAUGUCACUUUUCUGUUUUCUGUGUGUAGUUUCACAUACGCUUCAGCUGGUGGCUGCUUUCUAUUAUUUAUUAUUUUUAUUGGACAAAAAGGAAUAGCUUUUGCCCUUGACUGAAUGUCUGGGGUUGAAAAAAAAGCUUGUGUGAAAAGAGAUGGACUUGGUCAGGUUGCUGGAAUCAGAUUUUAGAUUUUUUUUUUUUCUCGUCCCUCACAUCAAAUCCAGAAUGAUGGCAAUGCAGUCAUUAAUUUCAAUAGAUCUGAUCUGAGGAACAAAUCCAGUUUGUCUGGAGUCUGAAUACAGCCUUUAUGUAUAAUUGAUCUAAAAAGUCUGUGUAUUGGGAUACGUGUCGGUUGGUGAUGGUAUUGUGCUCUGAUUACAAAUUAAAGUUAAAUUAAGCUGAACACGUGCAAAACAAUCAUUUUAUGAUAAAAAAAGGAGGAAAUUGUUUUAAUUCAGAAUGAUUUUAAAGGUAUGGAGCUUAAGGGUUGAGUCUGAAUUUUGUGUGUUUUAAUUAUAUUAUUGUGGUGUUUAAGAAGUUGAAUUAUUUUAAAUUUAGCAAUGCUAUUUAUUUGUUUGUCCUUAUGCAUGAAUUUGUAUUUCUGAAUUUUGAACUGAUUUUUUUUUUCUUCAUCUAAAAAAAAAAAUUAAAGUUUUUUUUAUUAAUUUAUGCUUUUAAAUAUAAUUAAAAUAUUCAAAAUUCAGAUUUAACAUUUUUUUGUAAGCUACAUAGAAAGGCAGCUGAUUUUAGUUAUUUUUUUAUGUAAUAUUUUCUGCUUUGACCUAUAAAGAGCUGUUCUGCAGAGGGCAAACUGAUAGUGAUCUUGUUCUUGGCUCCACCCACCACCCCUCUUGCCUUUCCAGUGGUGUGUUCUGAACUCAAUGGAGCUCAUUGUUGAUGUAAUGUAAACCACUCUGAGUAGCUGUUAGCUCUGUGUUAGCACUGUAGGGCCAAGGAGUCACUGUUUUCUAGACUUUUGAGUGUUAUUACUUCAUAGGGUCGAAUGCUAAAUGCAGCUUUCCAGCUCUACAGUCCUGCAUGUUUGGCUGUUUGAACGGCUUGUGGGUGGGUGUACAGAAUUCAGAGGUUUAUUUUUAACUUUUAAGUAUUAUUGAUUUGCACAUACAGCUAUAAUGUCACUCAGUUCAAAUUCAGUUUCUUAGUUUCUUUUAAGAUGUGGUGCUGAAAUCCAAUAGAUUAUUUUUGUUUGUUUGGUUCUUCAUUGAAAGCUUGCAGAUGGUUUUAUUUGAGUGACUGGGUUGUGACAUGUCUGUUGUAAUAAAAAGAUCAAGCUGACAGUGA